AUGGAUACUCUUAGGGAUGAAGCCAUUAUUAUUUGUCUUUUCAUCUUCAUUUUCUUCUCCAACAACAACGGAAUUGAUGGUACUACUUUUAAUUUAAUAAACAGAUGUGACUACAACGUAUGGCCCGGAAUAUUAGCCAAUGCAGGUAGUGACAAACUGGAUAGUACCGGGUUCAUACUUGCCCCGGGUGAUUCACGGGUAUUCCAACCUCCACAACAAUGGUCGGGUCGGAUCUGGGGUCGAACCGGUUGUAAUUUUGAUCCCAACACCGGUCAAGGAAAUUGUGCCACCGGCGAUUGUAGAUCAAACCAAAUGGAAUGCAAUGGUGCCGGAGCAACUCCCCCAGCCACCCUCGCGGAAUUCACUAUUUUCUCAGGUGUGAAGCAAGAUUUCUACGAUAUUAGCUUAGUUGACGGAUACAAUUUACCAAUGGCAAUCCAAGCGGUUGGCGGGUCGGGUCCAUGCGAGACAAUGGGUUGUGCCAAGGAUUUGAACCGAAUGUGCCCGAAUGAGUUACGGGUCGGGGAUGGGCAAGCAUGCAAAAGUGCAUGUGAAGCAUUUGGUACCCCUGAAUAUUGUUGCAGCGGCGCGUACGGUUCACCUUCCACCUGUAAGCCGUCUAGCUACUCGGCGAUGUUUAAAAACGCGUGCCCAAAAUCGUAUAGCUACGCAUACGAUGAUCCUACGAGUACUUUUACGUGUACCGGAGCUGAUUAUACGAUAACAUUCUGUCCUUCAUUAACAAGUCAAAAAUCAUCGAGAGACUCUUCGCCGUUGAACGGCAACGGAAAAGGAUUUUCUAUCGGAAAUGGCGGGUCCGGGUCGGGUUCUAGUCCGGCGGAGGAUCCAUUUCCAUUUGGCAGUUCAUGGUUACCGGAUUUUAUGACGGGGGACUCAUCACGAACAAAUUUUUCUUAUUUUGACAUAAAAAUUGCAUUUUUAAUCUUUUCUUUUCUUCACUUUUUAUUAAUAUUUUAAUUUUUCCAAUUUAAUUUCUACAUUUUGAUGGUGACUUGAGAUAUUCACAUUUGAAGAAGAUCAAGAAAAAAAAAAAAGGCUGAUGAUUUUUUUUCUUCUUCUUGUAAAGCACAUUUUUUUAGGUUUCAUAUGUAUAGAGAUUUAAUUUGCAAUUUCUCAAAGUAGUACUUAUUAUUGCAGUGUUCACAUUUGCUUUUGUACCACUUUUUUUUAAAGAGAACAUCUAGGAACAUUUGUAAG